AUGAAAUAUCGAGACGCUCCCAGGGCGAAAUCACCACCUCGUCAGCCCAGACAGCAUUCUCCUCGGCGCAGAAAAUCGCACGGGAGUGUCGGAGGAGAUCAAUGGAAGAGUAAGAAGGAGAUUGAUAGACUGAUAAAGACCAUCAGGUAUCACAACGGUUCAAUCUCCCGUACCCCCUCUUCACCUUCCGUAACCCAUAUUGUCCUACCCCCUAAACCCCGCCUACCCGCAGAACGUAGUACUGCAGCUACUCACUACCGGACCAGAUUUGGUAUCGCUAGAACACCAGCAGGAUUGGACAGAUAA